AUGAGCGAUGACACACUGAGCGACCCUAUCGCGGAAGAGCCCGUCGCAGCAGAGCCUACUGGCAAGGAGUGCAUUGUGUGCCAGGAGUGGCAGCCCAACGAGCAAUUCGUCUCGAAGAAGGCCAUCCUGGGCGAUGGAAAGGCCCUGAACCUCACCUGCCGCACCUGCACCAACAAACGCCGCCAGACCCAUAUCAUGAAGGAGCUGCGCACCAUGACAACCCGCCAUGGAGUUCUGUCGGCAGCAAACGCGGCCCGGCACCGUGAGGAGCUAGUUGAGCUGAACGAGUGGCUAGGUGAGACCGAUAAAUGGCAGAAGGUGGUAAAGGAAGUGAAAGAUUCUUUGGCUAACAUGGAAGGAUUCAUGGUACAGCUCAGAAGCUCAACCGGAGAGAUUAGAGCCGUCCUUGCAGUGGGAGAACAGGCUGGUUUGCACCGGGUGGAGUUGGCAAGAUUGCGAAAGCUCGUUGAUGAGAAUUGGAACUUCGAGCUCUCGGGCCGGUAG